GAAAAGAAAAGGAGUAGUUAAGCAAAGAGAGAAAAUGAGGAACAAAUUAUACUUGUUAUUAGUUUUGUUGAGUUUAAUUAAUAGUGUUCAUGUUUCAUCUCAAGAAAAAUAUAUUAGUUUGGGAGAGCAUGAACAUCAUGAGCACAUAGGCCAAAUGGAACAUCCAUUAUCUGGAAUUCAAAUCCACAAUAUUGUAGUUGCUCUAUCUAAAUCUGCAUCCAUUAAAGUUGAUGGACCUACUCUUCUUGGCUCUAAGGGUGAAGAUUUUGAAUGGGUUACAAUAAACCUAAGGAAUGCAGAGCCCUCACAAGAUGACUGGGUUGGAGUUUUUUCUCCUGCAAACUUCAAUGAAUCCAUUUGUCCUCCACAAACUAGUAAAGAAAAACAAUCUGGAGCUCCAUUUAUUUGUACUGCCCCCUUAAAGUUCAAAUUUGCAAAUUAUAGCAAUAGCAAGUACACAAAGACUGGGAAAACUUCACUUAAGUUCCGGUUAAUUAACCAACGUGGCGAUUUCUCAUUUGCCUUCUUCUCUGGUGGUUUGGAAAAUCCUAAGUUGAUAUCCGUCUCAAAAUAUGUCGCAUUUUCCAAUCCAAAAGCGCCUCUUUAUCCACGUCUUGCUCUUGGGAAGUCAUGGGAUAUAAUGACUGUUACUUGGACAAGUGGUUACAACAUUGAUGAAGCUGUUCCAUUCGUCGAAUGGGGAUGGAAGGGACAAGUGCAACAACGCUCCCCAGCAGGGACACUCACAUUUCAUCGGAACAGCAUGUGUGGAUCUCCUGCUAGAACUGUGGGAUGGCGUGAUCCUGGAUUCAUACAUACAAGUUUCCUCAAGGAUUUGUGGCCAAAUGUGGAGUACACAUACAAGUUGGGUCACUUGUUAAGCGAUGGUUCAGUUGUUAUGAGCAAGCAAUAUUCAUUUAAAUCUCCUCCAUUUCCAGGACAAGAGUCAUUGCAACGAAUCGUGAUAUUUGGAGACAUGGGGAAGCAAGAGCGCGAUGGUUCAAAUGAAUAUGCUGAUUAUCAGCCAGGUUCACUUAUGACAACUGACACCCUUAUUAAGGACCUUGAUAAUAUUGAUGCGGUUUUCCUUAUUGGAGAUCUCCCCUAUGCAAACGGAUAUAUCUCACAAUGGGAUCAAUUUACUGCACAGGUAGAGCCAAUAACAUCGAGGGUACCUUUCAUGAUUGCAAGUGGUAAUCAUGAAAGAACUUGGGAGAACAGUGGAUCAAUAUAUAACGGUCUAGACUCGGGUGGAGAAUGUGGUGUACCAGCUGAAACAUUAUACUAUGUUCCCGCAGAAAAUAGAGCUAAGUUCUGGUAUGCAGCUGAUUAUGGGAUGUUCCACUUCUGUAUAGCAGACACUGAACAUGACUGGAGAGAGGGAUCUGAACAAUACAAGUUCAUCGAGCAAUGCUUUGCGUCAGCCAAUAGACAUAAACAACCUUGGUUGAUUUUCGCUGCUCAUCGUGUUCUUGGUUACUCAUCUAAUGACUGGUAUGCUAAUGAAGGAUCAUUUGAAGAGCCCAUGGGAAGGGAGCACUUGCAAAAGCUCUGGCAAAAGUAUAAGGUUGAUAUGGCAUUCUUCGGGCACGUUCAUAACUAUGAAAGAGUUUGCCCUAUUUACCAGAAUCAAUGUGUGAACAAGGAGACAUCACACUACUCUGGCGUAGUGAACGGAACGAUUCAUGUUGUUGUUGGUGGAGGGGGAAGUCAUUUGUCACAAUUCACAACUCUUAACACUAGAUGGAGUGUGUUCAAAGAUUAUGACUGGGGAUUUGUGAAACUCACAGCAUUUAACCAAUCUUCCCUUCUGUUUGAGUACAAGAAGAGCAAAGAUGGUAAAGUGUAUGAUUCUUUUACAAUCUCAAGAGACUACAAGGAUGUUUUAGCUUGUGUCCAUGAUGGUUGUGAACCAACCACUUUGGCUAAUUAAAAAAUCAAGUGUAUGCAGCAAUGAAGAGUUUACUUUCAAGUUCUUAAUAUUAAGUGGAUGUAUUAGUAGUUGUUGAUUUAAAAAUAAAGAAAUUUGCAUGUUGGUUCUA